AUGGCCGAUUCGCAGGACAAGGCAGUUCAUUCUGCUAGUGUCCCCGCGCCCGUGUCGGCUGAUGUCGAGGAGCAUAUGAGUGUUGGUCGGUACAUUGUGACUCGGUUGCCGACUUUGGUGCCGCCUAUGAGGAAGGCGCCGAAUCCUUUUAAGGCGCUUUCUCUACUGAAUAGACAACAAUGGCUGUUUUUCUGGGUCGCAUUCCUGGGAUGGAGCUGGGACGCCUUUGAUUUCUUUACCGUCUCAUUAACAACCUCCGAACUCGCUAAACAAUUCGAUAAAUCCGUCACAGACAUAACAUGGGGAAUCACAUUAGUUCUCAUGCUUCGCUCCGUCGGCGCAAUCACAUUCGGUAUUGCUGCCGAUCGAUGGGGUCGCAAGUGGCCUUUCAUCGUUAACCAGGCCCUUUUCAUUGUCCUCGAACUGGGCGCAGGUUUCUGCCAAACAUAUAAACAGUUUUUAGCCUGUCGCGCUCUCUUCGGAAUCGCAAUGGGUGGUCUCUACGGUAACGCUGCAGCUACGGCGCUAGAGGACUGUCCCGCCGAAGCACGCGGUAUUGUCUCCGGACUACUACAGCAGGGAUACGCUUUUGGAUACCUCCUUGCUACGGCUUUUGCUCGUGGAUUGGUUAAUACUACUUCUCAUGGAUGGAGACCAUUGUACUGGUUUGGUGCUGGGCCUCCGGUUCUUAUUAUUGCUUUCCGGUUGUGUUUGCCUGAGACGGAGACUUUUCGACGGCGCCAGGCGACGAGGGAGGCUAUGCGCGGUGGUGUGGCGAAGUCUUUUAUGGAGGAGGGUAAGGUUGCGCUAAAGAGACAUUGGCUUUUGUUAGCGUAUAUGGUGCUCCUCAUGGCUGGUUUCAACUUCAUGUCUCAUGGUUCUCAGGAUUUGUACCCGACUAUGUUGGAGAAUCAGUUCGAGUUCUCUGCGAAUGCAGUGACUGUUACGCAAGUUGUGGCGAAUCUGGGUGCUUUAACGGGUGGUACGCUUUGUGGAUGGGCGAGUCAGAUCUUCGGUCGUCGCUUCUCAAUCAUUGCUAUCUCUAUUGUUGGCGGUGCCUUGCUCUACCCUUAUACCUUUGUUACUACCAAGUCUGUCAUGGCGGCUGCUUUCUUUGAACAGUUCUGCGUCCAGGGUGCAUGGGGUGUUAUCCCUAUUCAUCUCAUGGAGUUAUCUCCUGGUCCUAUUCGAACUUUCGUCGUCGGAACAGCUUACCAGCUCGGUAAUCUCGUUUCAUCCGCUAGUUCGACUAUCGAGUCGACUAUUGGUGAGCGAUUCCCGCUUGAGCCGUUGGAUGAUGGGACCAAGCGAUACGCGUACGGCAAGGUGAUCUGUAUCUUUAUGGGUUGUGUCUUUGCCUACACUAUCUUGGUCACGUUCAUUGGACCCGAGCGUCUUGGCCGUAACUUUGAUGCUGAGCAUGAUGCCGAUCUGGCGAUUGUGGCGGCGCACCGUGGAAUGGAUGGCGAUGGGAGUGAUCCGGAGAAAGCGACUAGUUCGCGAGUGGAGUAA